AUGGAGCCUUCCCCGUUUAAUAGAAGACAAUGGACUUCACAGUCUCUGAAAAUCACUGCGAAAGAGCUUUCUCUAGUCAACAAGAAUAAGUCAUCAGCUCUUGCAGAGAGGUUCUCCAAGUAUCAGAAAGCGGCUGAAGAAGCCACUGCUGAGAAGAAAAGAAGUAACACAGAAAAUCUUCCCCCUCAUUUUAAAAGGGGGAAUCUGAGCAUACUAAAGAAGAAGUGGGAGAAUCCAGUGCUGGGAACGGAGUCUCAGAAGGAAACGCUACGAAGCAGCUGUGCUGAGGUUAGGCACAAGGUCGCCAGCCCUGGGCUCGGAGUCGGGAGCAGCCCUGCUUCUUCCCCAGACACGGAGCAAACCCCGGGGGCUGGUGCUACAUCUGACGCCCAGGCCCCUUCCAGCACCCCUGGCCAGCUGCAGCAUCCUGGUGGUGACAGCAGAAAGUUUAAAAGCCACUCACCAGAGAGCGGUAAAAUGGAAAACUGUCUGAGAGAGUCCAGAGAAGUGGAAAAGCCUGAAGCCAGUGAAAACACGGACUCUUCGGGGAAAAUCGAGAAAUACAGCGUUCCAUUGAACAAACUCAAGAUGAUGUUUGAAAAGGGUGAAGCGACUCAGACCAAGGUCCCUAGAGACCAGAGGAAGACAGCAGUCGGUAGGAGGAUUUCUGAAAACAGCCUCUCUUCAGAGGACUUUGAUGUUGGCCAAGGAGAGAAGAGCCAUAGUACAUCAGGGCAUCUUGUAGAUAUUAGUCCAGCACUCAGCCCAGAUAAGGCAGAGACCAAGAAAAGCCUGGAGAUGCCUCGCUUAACAGAAACUUCAAUAAAGGAUAGGCUGGCGAAGUAUCAGGCAGCUGUGUCCAAGCAGGGCAGUUCCACAGGCCUCAUUACCACGAAUGAGAUUCAAGCCAAUGAAAGUGAACUCAAGAAUUACAAAUCUGAGCAGAAGGAGAAUAUGCCACCAAGUCUUGAGGACUCCAUUUCCUAUCAGGAUGGGGAGAAGGCUUCUGUAGGUGAGAACAGCUUGUCUUUCCACUCUGGUCUUCUAGAGGAUGGCAGUGUUGGACAAAGCUUGGAGAGCAAGACAGAAGUUCAGAAACCUGUCAGCACAAAGCAGCAAAACUUUGGUUCUAAACCUGCUGGCCAGACAGAUGCAUCUCUGCCAAAAGGAGUGAAGAAAUUUCAGUUGCCAAUGAAGGAAACCUGUGUCGGGUGUCAGAAGACUGUGUACCCGAUGGAAAGGCUCUUUGCCAACCAGCAGGUGUUUCACAUCAGCUGUUUCCGCUGUUCCUAUUGCAACAGUAAACUCAGUCUUGGGACAUAUGCAUCUCUGCGUGGGAAUAUUUACUGCAAGCCUCACUUCAAUCAGCUCUUCAAAUCUAAAGGCAAUUAUGAUGAAGGCUUUGGACACAAACAGCAUAAGGAAUUAUGGGCAGGCAAAACUGAACGUGAAGAAUCCCCGGAGAAAUCUGUCCACGGUGUAUAUGCAACAGAAAGUCCGCAAAGCCCAGGAGUGGAGGAUGCCCCAAUUGCAAAAGUAGGAGUUCUGGCAGCAAGCAUGGAAGCAAAAGCUUCAGCUUUGCCUGAAAGAGAAGAGAGACCAGCAGAAACAAAAAAGCUCAGGAUUGCCUGGCCGCCUCCAUCUGACCAAGGUAUUCAAGGAAGUGCCUUAGAUGAGGGCAUCAAAGUAUUCAAACCCAAAUGGCCCCCGGAAGAAGAGAUUUCCAAGCCAGAUGUGCUGGAGGAUGUGGAUCUGGAUCUCAAAAAGUUAAGAAGAACUUCCUCCCUGAAGGAAAGAAGUCGUCCCUUUACAGUAGCAGCCUCGUUUAGAACAAUAUCUGUUAAAGGUCAUAAAACAGAGAAUUCAUCUUCUCCUUCUAAGGCAGAGAGAGACACAUCGAAAAGAAGCGAGGAACUGGAGAGAGAGGUUGUGGUAGACAAAAAGCAAAAGGAAAAGAAGGUUGAGAAUAGAAACAUCCAGAGUGCUGAAGAGAAAAAUGUAGAGGAAGAACGGGAAUUGUCUGGUAUCAAAACGGCAGAGCAUAACUUUGUAGAAAAUGGCCAGGUGAAUGCAGAGACAGAUGAGGAAGAACACGCUAUGGAAGAGCAAGAAAUUCCAAAUGAAGAAUUCAUUGAACCCAAUUCUCCUAAGCAUUCCAGCUUAGCCAAUGUUGUGACUGCUAAGAAAUCAUCUCCUAACCAGAAUCGCAAGUCCCAAGAUGUUGGUUUCUGGGAGGGUGAAGAUAUGGAAGAUCUAUCUGUGGAAGAACAGAUCAAAAGGAAUCGUUACUAUGAAGAAGAUGAUGAAGAAUAAAUUGGCCUUUUACUAGAAAACUUGCUGCAAGGUGCUGGGCCUUUUUAAAUUGGUGUUUUUAGCUUUAACAAACAGCUGUCCUCCAUUAAAGCGAUGCUAUACUGCACAUCGACAUUAAGGGAAUCCUAUGUACAAAUUAUCUCAACCAGAAAAUACUCUGGAAGCCUGCAAAGAGUAUAUUUAGGUGCAUGGAAACAAGUAUCUGGCUGCGGGAUAGUUUCAACAGGUAAUCUCUGUCCACAGCACAAGAACAAAGCUGUUCUGUACUCCUACUGUCUUAUCCUUUUUGAGCUUCAAUACAUAUUUCACUAACAAUUUACAGAAUUUCACUGUACUCACAAUGGUGGUGUGAAACAGGCUUUCUGUAAUACACUACUUUUACCACUACAAAUGCUACUGCAGUGCUUAGGGACCAAUUUCAAAGGGACUUUCUGGCCUGCUUUAAAAAUGGUGACUUAAUGCACUUUAAUACAUGUAAAGGGCACAACUGUGAUUUUUUUAAAUAAUAAAAACAUUUGUGUUUGUGCUUAGUAUCCAACAACUAAAGCAUCUUAAACUGAGCACAACAUGAUUUUCUUUCUCAAAACUGCCUAUGAUCAAUUGAAGACUCCCUACUCUCUUUAUUUUCCUCUGUGCAACUGGAAUGGUGUGCCCGUUGCUGGAACAUAUGUAUUUUGGUGCUUAUCCAGAAGCUGUCCUGACUGACAGAUCUCUUUGAGGACAAGUCAACACUUUUGCAGUAGCCUGCAGGGCAUUACUUUUGCAUUUCAUAUGCAUUUGAAGUGGGUGUUUUUUGGUUUGUUGGUUUUUUUUUUUUUUACUUGGAGUUCAUCAUCAUUCAUUUUAAACUGCAGAUAAUAUUUUUAAGGCCUUUUGACAACUUUGAAAUCCUACUUGUAUCAAGCUGCCAUAAAUCUUUUCAUUGUGGCUGUGAAAUUAUGCUGCAUUGCAAAAAUGUCUGGAAUAAAAUCAUCCGAACAGUGAAACUUUCUGAUUGCUAGCAUUGAAGCUUAGUACAUUUUUAAACUUGACUUCAUUUAUUUUAGAAAUAAUGAAAUCUUGAACGGUGGAAGGAGGAUGCCCUUUUAUAUUAGCUUUUAAUUGUACUGUAUUCUCAUGAGAAUUAGCUCUUAACUAUACUUGAGGUGUAAAAUAUUCUGCUCUCUUAACAGUCCUGUUAACUACAAAACCUUCAAUAAAGUUCAGUCAUUUAC